CUAUAUUUUAAAAUUAGAUGUUUGUCAAAAUAGCGAGGGUGUACCUUCAUUUUCUCCCCUAAGGCCACCUUUUAACUCAACUAUUCCACCUUUCAAUAAAAAUAGAAAACUCUACUGUUCCUGAACUCUGAAAGUCUGGAAAAAAAGGGGUCUUAGAAAGCAGAGAAACCUUCACUACUUCAGUAGCUGCGUUCAAAUGGUGAUUUCAGGUGAUAACGAAAAUUUAAAGCUGCCAAAAUUUCCCCUUUAUUGCUGGUUUCUUUUAAACUCUAAGAUUGCAAGUUUCUUUUUAUCUGCUAUCUUUCAUGAAUAAUUUCCUAGGUCGUCACUUCUCAACUUCGUUCGAUUCUGUUAAAGUAAAUCCCACUUCUUUAAAACCCUUAAUUGAUGUGAAUUCAAGGAGAAAGAAUUGGAAUCCAAUUCCAAUUCCCUUCAGAACAAUCCCUGAACCCAGAGGUCAAGACCUUGAUUUUGUGAAUGUUGCCCAUAGUCACCUCGUUCACUUUGAUUGGAAUAAGCUUAAUCCUUUAUCCAUCCACUUGACCCCAUUUAGAGUUAAGCAUGUUUUGUUAAAGAUUCAAAAGGACCAUGUUCUUUCUCUUGAGUUCUUCAAUUGGGUUAAAACUCGAAACCCCACUUCAGAUUCCCUUUAAACUCAUUCAGUGAUUCUCCACAUUCUCACCAAAAACCAGAAAUUCAAAUCCGCUGAAUCGGUUUUGAGGAGUCUUCUUGUGUCUGGUUCAUUGGAAUUGCCAGCUCAGAUGUUUGAUGUGAUACUGUAUUCUUAUCGAAUAUGUGAUUCCUCUCCUCCUGUGUUUGAUUUACUGUUUAAGACAUAUGCAGAUGCCAAGAAGUUUAGGAACGCUACGGAUGCUUUUUAUCGGAUGAAGGAUUAUGGGUUUUUGCCAAUUACUAAGUCAUGUAAUGCAUAUUUGAGUUCAUUGCUUGAUUCACAUAGGGUGGAUAUUGCUUUGGGGUUCUACAGAGAAAUGCGGCGUUGCAGGCUUUCUCCCAAUGUAUACACUUUUAAUAUAGUAAUUCAUGCGUUUUGCAAGUCAGGAAAACUUGAGAAGACUAUGGAAGUGUUAAGAGAAAUGGAGAUUAUGGAUUUUAGUCCUACUGUAGCAUCUUACAACACAUUGAUUUCAGGGUAUUGUAACAAGGGUCUAAUGAGCUUAGCCAUGAACCAUAAAAGCUCAAUGGGGAAAGAUGGAGUGCAUCCAAAUGUGGUUACUUUUAACACCCUUAUUAAUGGUUUCUGUAAGGAAGGGAAAUUACAUGAAGCAAAUAAGGUUUUCAAUGCGAUGAAAGCCCUGAAUCUGGCUCCAACUAUUGUAACUUACAAUACUUUGAUAAGCGGGUACAGUCAAGUAGGUAAGAGUGAGAUGAGCAACAGGCUUUAUGAGGACAUGUUGAAGAAUGGAGUUAAGGCUGAUAUACUGACAUACAAUGCAUUGAUACUGGGAUUAUGCAAGGAGGGUAAGACAAAGAAAGCUGCCUAUCUGGUUAAAGAACUUGAUAAGGACAACUUGGUUCCAAAUGCUUCGACAUUUUCUGCUCUUAUUAGUGGGCAGUGUGUCAGGAGGAACUCUGACCGUGCGUUCCAGCUUUAUAAGACCAUGAUCAGGAGUGGUUUUCAUCCAAAUGAAAACACUUAUAGUAUGUUGAUUUCUACCUUGUGCAAGAAUGAAUAUUUUGAUGCAGCAGUACAGGUCCUAAAUGAUAUGAUUGAUAGAUCAAUGGUUCCCGACUCUGGUACUUUGUUUGAGCUGCACAAGGGACUCAGCCAAUGUGCUAAAAAUCAAUUGGCAAUGAUCCUAUGCAAAAAACUGGAAGAUAGACAUCUGAUGCCAAAAGGUUUUGAUAAAUCCAAAAUUAUCAGUUCUCAACCAGAAAAUGAGGACAAGACAACUUGAUAUAACUUGUGGAUUUUGUAUAUUCCAACUCCAAUACUCUGAUACUGUCAAGUUGACACUGUGGGGUGCAUUUUUAUUUGAGAGUAUGCCCUAAGACAACUUUGUUUAGUUGAAGUAAAGGAAGAUUCAUAUUGUCUGUACCAAAGCAAUAGGAAGGUGCCUAUUGUUGAUCGUUGAAACAAACCAUCCCCCCUGUUUAAUUUUAUUGAAUAUUAUACAUUUUGGAAUGAGGCAGAUGGCCUACAAAUAUGCUUUUUAACAA